GAGUUUUUUCCUUCACCCAAAACAACGAGACACUUCGACCCUGCAGAUUCUGGACUUAGAUUCUUUGUUCUAAUGGUCGGCGCUGUACUUUUGUGCUCUUACAUUGUGCUGUGAUAGCACACAGAUGCCUCCAGAUCCUUUAGAUGCAGCAAUGCCUUUCAGGGUCACCGUCAGACAUUAGGAGAACCUGGUUGAACUAAACAUCUGUUUGACGCGGACUCUAAGGAUACUGGGAGCAAAGCAAAGUUUCCCUGAAGACUUUUACCCCGUUUUUAUGCUUGUUGCUCAGUACUGAUGGAAAAAUACCGCAAAGACCCUUUGCGACCUAUCAUCGGACAAGGCAACUACGGGGUGGUCUACAGGGUGCGGGAUGUAAGCAAUGGCCAAGAGUACGCGCUGAAGUGUCACAAGUGCGCUGACGUUAUAGAGGAUACGACCGUGAGAGAGCUGUCCUGCCUGACCGCGCUUAGAGGCCAUCCCAACAUAAUACUACUCCUCGACUGUUUCAUGGACGAGGAUCGGGUGGCGAUGCUCAUGCCGUACGUGCCCUUUGAGCUGACCAAAGCGAUUCACUGCAAGCCGACAGCUCCCCUCAGUUUUGUGGCCAGUUUCUCACUUCAGACGGCAAACGCCUUGGAGUACAUGCACAGACAGGGCAUUUUACACAGGGACCUGACUCCCAGCAAUGUGCUUCUCACAGCGGAUCUGACCGUGAAGGUGGGAGACCUGGGUUUAGCUAGACAGUUCUCCAAACGGAUGAGCCUUUGCGUGGUGACAGAGCCCUACAGGGCCCCAGAGCUGUUUGCCGAUGGUGAAGUUGGGGAGUACACGUGUGCCGUGGACAUGUGGAGUUUGGGAGCUAUUAUACUGGACGCGAAGGAAGGUAUGGUGGUGUUCGCUGGAACACAGCAGUACAACACGCUGAAUAAAGUCAUGGCGCUGGCGUCUACGGAUCUCAGCGAGGAGGCAGAGGAGUUGAAGAUCAGCAGACGAGAAAUGAUACCAAACACCAUGAGGUGCGAGAGCACAAAACGCAUCGCCUUCCGCCUCAUUGUUCUUGGACACCAGAAGAGACUCACGGCUCGGGAGCUGUUGGAUGAUGAGGAAUGGAAGGGGUUGGCUUGCAUGACAGACCAAGAAAGGACUGCAGUCUUGCGACAAUGUAUUGGGGAUACCAAAUAAAAUACAGGAACAUAAAACAAAGAAACUGACUCUUGUGUAUGUUGUUCAUCAUUUAUUGAAUAUACUUGACAUGUGCCAGAUAAAAAGCAUAAUAUAGCAUUCAGUGCUGUGGGCCUGCUCACACAUCCUUCUUCUUAUAUUUCUACAGCGAUUAAUACAGAAUACAUGUCAUACUGUCGUAGUAGAGUAUAGGAUACACACUGAGUAAGCAAUGAGCUUUGGCCCUCCAUCCGAAUCACCAUUGCCCGAAACAGUUGUCGUCGUCUACUUGACUGCGCAGAGCACAGAGGGCUUCAGGUUCCGCUCGGAUGUUCCGUGUUUGUCUCAGAGCAUUGUCAAAACUGCAUGAGCAGCUGCGGCAACAAGAGACAAAGUAAGAGGUUUGGCUCCAUUUUUCCGACUGGGCCAUCCAUCAAACUCCUCCUGAGCCUUCCUUAUGCUCUCCUUCAAGGCGUCAAGUACUGGACAAAGAUGAGAAUAAACAUUGGUUAGAGACGAGUGCUUUGUAGAUAUCCACUACAUACAUACAUACAUACAUUCUGUCAUAUUGUAGAGUUUCACUGAGGUGUCCACAGGCUCCAAGGCCAUCAGAUCAGGAGUCUCGAUCUCAGGGCGACGAAAAACAUCCGAGCAAGACUUGUUACGGUGCUGUAAAACACAAAAGUCCGCUGAAGCAAAAAGCACGAACACGAGCAAGAUCGGAAAAAACAUCCUCCUUGGUGCGGUUGCUGAGGUUUAUCAACUAAGCGUUCAAACCAAACCUUAGGCUGCUGAGGUUGGGUAUGUGAGCUCUUUGGACUCUCUUCCCUUUUAUACACGCUGAAGAAAACACCCUUUAUGCAGAUGAAAAUCAAAAAAGUUUCCUUGCACAGACCCACAUUCCAAGCCAACAAAAGACACAACCACUCCUAUCACAGAUACCCAGCUCGCCCCUUGCUUGGAAAAGAAUUCCUCGCAUAACAUUCCCAAGUGGAAUCGUCUUAUGAAUUGCACACAAAACUUGCCUAAAGACAAAUGUCAGUCCUUUGCACUGAUUAGUUUGUUGCUAAAAAAAAAAAA